AUGUCAGAUAUAUUUACGGACAGUAAGAUAGAUGAGCAAUACCAGGAGGACGAUGGCAUUAACCAACAAGAAGAGCUAGUAUGUGACCAAGAUAUGAUGGAUGAACAGUAUGGAUCAGAACAAGAUUUCGGAGAUGAAUUUACUGAGGGAGUGUAUUUUUUUGAAAUUGAUCUAGCAGAGGAUACCCAUGAAGCUGCUUAUGCGGCUGACUCCCUUGCAUUUGAUUUUUAUUUGAAGAACUCAAACUCUAAGGGCUUUAGUGCAAGGAAGAGUAAAACUUUCAAGAAUAGUAUUGGUGAAGUUUACAAACAAAAGUUUGUAUCUCAUCGGCGAGGGUUUAGGGAGGAGAAUGCUAUGUUGCCUGCCCAUAGAAAAAUAUCAAAGGCAGAUAUUAUGCGAAUGAUGAACAUGCUAAAGUACGGGAUUGACACUUCACAGAUAUUUGGUCUUCUAGCUAGUCAAGCAGGUGGGUAUGAAUUUUUUGGCUACGGUCCCAGAGAUAUGUACAAUGAUAUUACUCGGCAAAGGCGUCAAUUUCCUGGUGAUGUAACACGAGUGUUGAAGAAGUUGGAGGAUAUGCGGUUGAAGGAUCCAUAA